AUGUCGCUACAGGUCUACGUAACUCAUACAGGCCAACGGCUCGACGCCGAUCCUGUAUCUUUCAACUCGCUUGAAGCCUUGACUGCAUGGUUAUCGCAGCGUACUGCGAUACCAAAACAGAAUCUCCUCCUCCUCACGACUCGCGCAAAACAAGUAAAGCUACAAGCGCUUCUUACAGAAAAGGAGAUAUUUGCGUUCGAUCGCUCUCUCUUCUCAGACAGCCAACCAAUCCCAAGCCCUGCUCUCGUACCCGAUCUCUUUGAACCGGAUGAAGCUCCAUCUGAUAUAUCAAACCAUACGGAUCUCAAAUCAUGGCAGAAUUUGUUCAAAACACGGAAGGACUGGGCGGUAAAUUUGCUAGAGGCAAAUCGGACCAUGGUCAAGGAUGCAAAUAAGUUCUCCGCGGAACUUGCGAUCGUCAAAAGGGGUGUACAGCUGGCCACUGGGAACCGCGACUCCCGCAUAAAAAGGCUUGAGGCUCAGUUUGCUGAGGCUCGUGCUUGGUUCGAGGAUGUUACUAAAGAGCAAGAGGAAAACCUUCGGAAUCUGGAGAGGGACCUGUCUCAGCUCAAAAUUAUUCCUGCCAAAAGAGAAUUCAAGCGUUUCAUAUCUCUUGGAGCCACCGAUCGUCUGCAGGACCACACUGACUCGUAUGUCAACCAAGGGAAUCUCACGGACUUCGUCGACAUCUCAGCGGUCAGGAACUCCGCCGCCUUGAGCCAGAAUGUCUCAACUAGUUUCAAGAAGCGGGUAGAAGGAAUAUCAGGGGCUGUUGAAAAAAUAUCGGCUGAUUACAGUAGUCUCAUAAGUGCCUUAUCCCAAGGCCAAAGUCAGUCAUCCACUGAUGAGCAAGAGCCUUCUCGCCUAUUCCAGGAGAUUGAGACCAUAGUCAAGAAGGUUGUGUCAGAUUAUGAACACGUCCUUGGGAUCUCGAUCAUUAAAUCUACUGUGACACAGGUGUCCAAGAUGGCCCUUCUACAUACUCGCAACUAUCUCCCCGGUAUUCACGAAUGCACGAUCGAAAUGAGCAAUCAUUUAAUACGAGCAAUAGAACACAAAAAUGCUGCUGUCCAGAGUGGUGUAGAGAGUAUGCGAAGUAUAGCCACGAUUGAUUCCUUGAUUAUCAAGGUUGAAGAAGAUCUAAAGUCACUUGAGAUCCCGGCGGAAGGGCGUGACGCUCUCGAAUCAUUAGCGAUCGUCUCGAAGCUACCGUAUGUAUACGGAUCGCUACAGCUGGAAGCAAUACGUAGACACGACUGGUCCGACAAGAUGAAACACGAUUCUUCGGUCCUCGCAGAGGAGAUGGCGGGCUAUCAAGAGGAAGAGGAGCGUCGCAGGAGGAAGUGGCUCAAGACCAUCAGUGAUUUCAUAAACGUUGAAGCUUUCCAAGAUAAAGCCCCCGGGUUUGAAGUCAAUAUUCGUGGACGAGAACAAACUUGGCCAUCUGUAACUCAUGAAGCUUUCCGAUCCUACAUCGAUCUAUUGAUGGGCACGAAGGGCCAAGAAUCGACCAUCCAAGCACUGAGCCAGGCCUUCAAGGAGAUAGACCGACCUACCAAGCAGCAGAUGAAGCGAGCCAAGGGUGUAAAAUCUGGCAGUGUGCAUGAAGCUUCCAUCGGUAAAGGAUCGUUGAUGCUUCGUGGAGAUGACGAAAUACGCGUCCUUCGAGAGAGUAAUUCGAAACUCGAGGAAGAGCUGAAGGGAUCAAGGAGUCGAAUUCGCAAGCUGGAGGGCUUGGUACAUCAACAGAAUCACACACCUCGCCUCUCUCUGGGCAGUGCAUUCCAUCCAACUCCAAGUCCGGACUUGUCAACGCCUGAUGCAAACAUAGGUGUGUCACUAAGGUUGCAGGACAAUCUGUCUCGACGCUCAUCAAUGUCUUCUCGACGACCUUCAACACAACGUGGAGGUGAAGAGAAGGCCCUUCAGCGUCGUCUAUUGCAGCUAGAAGGUGAGCUUGCUUUAGAAAAAGAUACUCGCAUCUCUCUAGAAAAUGACAUAGCCGCGAAAGAACUCUCUGCGAAAAAUUUACAACAACAGCUUGCAGAAGCUAACUCCCUCAAGCACGAUAUCAUGGAGAACAUGGAAGAUCAACAGAAGGACUUUUCCAACGAGCGUCGAUCCUUGGAAGGAGAGAUAUCGAGGCAAAAGUUCAAGAUCGAGGAGCUUGAAGAUGAGUUGGACCGGAUCCUUGGCAGUCGUGACAACGAACAACACGGCAACGAGACUCGAAUGCAAAGGCUCAUGGAACAACUCGAACAUGCGCGGAAAGAAGCUGCGAACGAUGCUCGACACUCACAAGAUCAAGUGCGUCAACUCGAGCAGGACAUUGCGAAACGGGACGAAGCGGAGGCAGGACUCAAAGAGAUCCUUUGUAGCGUGUACAAGCAUCUAGCACCGGAUGGAUACCCCCCCUUCGAGCUCACGAUCAUCGUUGAACAUCUUGAGAGUGUAGCGCAAAGGACAAUCGAUCAUGUCAGGGACUUGGAGUCGGCUGUCCAGACCGCGAAGUCUGAGGCGAUGGCGUUGCGGUCUGAUAACAGCACACGUGAAGCUGAUCUAGCGGCAAAAACCCAAGAGCAUGACAGCGCAGUCCGUAAAUUUGAAUACCAGUUAAGCUUGAAGGAGGCACAGAUUAAAUCUCUCGAGUCCGAACUCGAAGGGGAAGGUCGACAGCUCCAUGAGCUAAGGUCUAAAUUCGAAGACAGGGAAACAGGCUCUGAAGUGCUUCGGAAGCGUGUAGAGGAAGAAGAGACUAAAGUGCAGAAGAUAACAACCGAACUUACUGAGGCAAGGUCGCAUAUCAACAGCCUUGAUGUCGAGCUACUUUCUAUGCAAAAGAAGAACAACGAGUUACGAAAAAUCUCGGAGAACGACUCGAGCACGCUCCAAGAACGAUCACUACAUGUGAAGUAUCUCAUACAGCGGAUCUUUGCACGAAAUGAGCGCCUCCUUCGUCUUCUCGAGACCCUCGGAUAUGCAAUCAGCUACCCCGAGGAAAGAAUGGUCGUCCAACGAAUCUCCAAAACAGGUAAUAGCACCGUCCUACCUGAUCCAAAUGCAAGCUUAACAUCAUCUCCACCAACCGGCGCAACAGCCUCUCAACAUCUGACAUACACUCCCACCGACUCUACAUUGCUCAAAUGGCUCGAAAGCGAACCACCCCCUAUAGAAGGUGCUAACUACGCCGACCUCCUCGCUUCUAUCAAUCGCUUCAGCUUGGAUACCUUCCACGACGCCGUCCUCAAGCGCAUGAAAGACUUUGAGCACACCGCCCGCAAAUGGCAAAAGGAAGCCCGUGCCUAUCGCGACAAAGCCCACCGCGCUGCCUCCGACGCCCACGACAAAAUCGCUUUCCGCUCCUUCAAGGAUGGUGAUCUUGCGCUUUUCCUGCCCACCCGCGACCAGGCAAAUCGACCUUGGGCCGCAUUCAAUGUCGGUGCCCCCCACUACUUUCUUCGCGAGCAUGACAAUCAUCGCCUUCGUAAUCGCGAAUGGCUUGUUGCACGCAUAUCGAAGAUCGAGGAGCGCGUCGUUGAUCUCAGCAAAACGCUCAACUCGGCAUCUAUGCGCGGCGCCGACGGACUCAGUAUGGACGAACGCUCGACGGGUGGAGCGAGCUACGAAGACGAUAAUCCAUUCGAGCUCUCCGACGGUCUGCGUUGGAACUUUGUCGAGGCGGCUGAGGAAAAAAGCGGCGCGCCCAGCACGCCGGGCCUAGGGAAGAGCACUGUCGCGUCAGCGCACGUCGAUGCAAAAGGCAGUAUUCGCGUUAAGAGCAAGACCGGCAGUGGGAACGACGCAAGUCGCACACUGAACAAGAGUCUUGAUUCUCGCCGUAGUAGUGCGAAUUCAUCGCGCAAGAGUAUCGUCGGUGUGAGCGCGCUCAAAGGGAGGACUUCGACAGAAGGAUUAGCGACGGGGAAUCCGGUCGCCGGCGGAAGUGGACUCGGACGAACCGGACAGGAGGGAGCGACCGCGGAGCGAGAUGCGAAUCUUAAUACGAUUGUGACUGACGAGGUGCGAAAAGAUUUACUUUGGGGUCCCUGA